AUGUCGGCAGUCGUCAUGGAAGAAGCCCCCCCUUCAUCCGCCAUUGCCCUCCACCCCCUUGGGCCUGUGGACGAAGCCAAGCUCUGCCUGGUGACAGCGGAGCUCAUCACCGCGCUCAAUGACACCCGAAGCGCGAAGAAAAUUGUGAAGGAUACGAGGAAGGCUGGGGGGAAGGCCCCUGUGAUUGAGGUGGUGGAGGGAGAGCAGGGCUCGUCUUUGGUUGGCCGGAAGGACAAGCAACAGCAGCUGUUGAAGGAUGGGCUCGCGGACGCCGCCCGGAUGAGAGUCGAGGAGGUGAGGGCGGGCUUGGAGACUGCCCUCGCGCAGAAGCAGACGGUGGAACGCGUGGACCAGGCCAGCUCAUCAUUCUGCGCGCUGACGACCUGCAGAUCUUUCCCAAGCAGGUCGUCGAGCACACCCAGCCAACCCCUGCUGCCGUUCCCAGUGGCUCCGAGCCAUCUGGGCCCUCCAAGGCCCCAGAUAUUGAGGUCGAAAUCGACCCCAACACCUGUGCCCUUGACGUUCUCGAGCAGCUCUGUCGUCCUGCGAUUAAUCUUCGCGUGGCGACCAAAGAAGAGGUGCUGGCAGAGGAAGGAGCGCAUAGCUCCUCUCGAGACGACACUGGGAUACCGUCGUGUGGCAGAGAAGAGAGCUGAGGAGGAGCUUGAGGCACGGGAGGGCAUUCUCCUUGCUCACAAGCGUGAGUUCGAGGCGCAGGGACACAAGCUGAGGGGCAAGGCGGCAAAAGAGUUCCACGCCGCCCAGCCCAAGAAGAAGGUCAGCGAGAAGCUGACGUUCGAACGCAAUCGCCUGCGUUUCAAGCGCUCGCAGGUGAAGGAGUCUGUUAAGACGGGUGGGAAGAAGGUAUGGACCUUCACGAAGAAGGUCCCCGGGCUCUUGCGUGACAACGCACAGGCCAUCGCCAAUGGUGUGGCAGAGUGUGCUGCUCAUUUCUGUGGCCACAUCGUCCGUGUUACGCUCGGCAUCCCCCCCGUCACGGCGGCCAUCCCCGGUGCUCUUGUCGGUGCUGCUGCGGCCCUCAAAGCUGCUGCUGGUAGGGAAUAGUUUUUUUUAAAAGUCAAUAUGUCAUAGCGAUACCCUGUACGAGUGAGCUGGUACUUCCGACCAGCUCACUCACAUAACUGAUAAAAUCCGAAACGCGUUACCCC